GAUGCGGCGGGACGCGGAGUAGCUGCUGCUGGAAUGGUGGAGCGAGCCGUAGCCAUGAAGUACAAGAAUCUGAUGGCAAGAGCCCUGUACGAUAACGUCCCCGAAUGUGCAGAAGAGUUGGCCUUCCGCAAAGGAGACAUUUUGACGGUGAUAGAACAGAACACCAAAGGUCUUGAAGGAUGGUGGCUCUGCUCCUUACACGGCCGGCAAGGCAUCGUCCCAGGCAACCGUGUGAAACUCCUGAUAGGUCCAGUGGUACAGGACAGUCUGUCUGGCCAGGAUAUGCCCAGCUCAGGAUUGAUGAAUCAAUCUUUCAACCAGCAAAAGAUCUACCAAGUGCCAAGCUCACAUGCUGUAGCACGGGACCCUGUCUACCAAGUGCCACCUUCCCAUCAGAAUCAGGGAAUUUACCAAAUACCCACUGGUCAUGGUCUAGUGGGACAAGAUAUUUACCAGGUGCCACCCUCCAUGCAGAGGUGUGCUGAUGGUCCAGCUCUGACUAACAAGGUAAUAACUCCAGUGAGGUCAGGACAAGGUUAUGUUUAUGAACUCCCUUCCAAAUACCAGAAGGAUACCUACGAUAUCCCCCCUGUUCGCCCUCUCCAAGGGGUAUAUGACAUUCCCCCCACAUCAGUUAAGGGGCCUGCACUUCCAGUUCACAUGGGAGAAGCAAAAGCUUUAGGAGUGUAUGACAUACCACCUGCCAAAGGGGUCUAUGCUACACCUCAGUCUGCAUGCCAAGAUGAUACAGGCCUGAGGGAAAAUUUGCAGGAUUUUUCAUCUUCACUGGGCCACAGUGUAAGACCAGAAGGAGCAUAUGAUAUUCCUCCUCCCAUCACCAAAGCAAUUGGAAAAGAACUUAAUAGAUUUUCCCCUGAGAGCCUGUUAUUGCCGGGUGGAAUGCCACAGACACAAAGUGUUUAUGACAUCCCUAUGAACCAUCAAAACCAUUUUCUUGGACAGCAAAUUGCACCUGAAAAAGAUGUUUAUGAUACCCCAAGGGGCAUUGCAUUUCCAGGACAACAGGCAGGACUCAGUAAAAGUCUCAUUGCAGAAGGAAGAGAAGGUGUAUAUGAUGUGCCACCAGCAGUCCUCCAAGACAAUAGAGGUUUACAGGAUGUGACUGAUGGGAUGAAUAGGUUGUCUUUCUCCAGUACAGGAAGCACAAGGAGUAAUAUGUCCACAUCUUCAACAACAUCAAAAGACUCUUUUUCAGCAUCAACUGCACAGGACAAAAGGCUAAUCCUUGAUCCAGACACUGCUAUAGAGAGGCUUUAUCGCCUCCAGCAGAUGGUGGAGACAGCUGUCAAUAACCUCACAGCCUUCAUUACACCAGACUGGCGGUCCUAUGGAUAUAUGGAGAAACACAUCAAUGAAAUUCACACUGCUGUGGAUAAGGUAGAACAGUCGCUGUGGGAGUACCUGCAGUUUGCAAAAGGAUCAGCAGCCAAUGCUUCCUGCCUAUCUGAAUUCAGCCUUCUUAACAAAAUGAGGAGGGAGGUGCAAAGGCUGGAGGACUCUCACCAGAUCCUUACCCAAACUAGUCAUGACUUGAACAGAUACAACUGGUCUUUGAAUGUCCUGGCUGUUAACAGAGCACAGAACAAGUGUGACGACCUGGAUCGGUUUGUUAUGGUGGCAAGGACGGUGCCGGACGAUGCCAAGCAACUGACCACUACUAUCAGUGUCAACGCAGAGGUGCUCUUCAAACAGGUGCUGGGCGGCUCACGUUUCAAAAACAUACCUGAGAAUAUAAUGAACGCUCCCAACUGUGUCUAUGACAAUCCUCAGAUGCAGCAUCAUGGAGAGCAAGCACAGAACCCCUGCAGUUCCCUUCCUCCGCUCCUGAGUAAAGGUCAGCACCCAUACAGUACCACCAGCGAAGGCUCGGAAAAGAGCUGGAUGGAUGACUACGAUUAUGUUCACCUGCAGGGGAAGGAAGAGUUUGAAAGGCAACAGAAGGAGCUGCUGGAAAAGGAAAAUAUCAUCAAGCAGAGCAAAGUGGAACUAGAGCACCAUCAGAUCAAUCAGUUUCAACGUCUGGAGCAAGAGAUCACCAAGCCAGUAGAAAACGACAUCUCAAAAUGGAAGCCACCUCAAGCUUUCCAGAACACAAACAGCACUGCCACCUCCCAAGACAGCCGCCUGCUUUUAUUCUACUCUGACCAAUGUGAGACUCACUUCAACUCCCUCCUAAAUGCCAUUGAUGCCUUUUUCAGUUGUGUCAACUCUUCUCAGCCCCCCCGAAUUUUUGUGGCUCACAGCAAAUUUAUCAUUUUGAGCGCUCACAAACUUGUGUUCAUUGGGGACACACUCGCAAGGCAAAUGACAACUCAGGACAUAUGCAACAAAGUGAUGAACUCCAGCAACCAGUUGUGUGAACUGCUGAAGAGUGUUGUUCUGGCCACCAAGGGGGCUGCCUUGAGUUACCCCAGCACAGCAGCCCUACAGAAGAUGGUGGACCGAGUAACAGAGCUGUCUCAUCACGCACAGUUGUUCAAACUCUCACUGGUCCAAAUGGCGUCCUUAUGAAACCCAGUAAAAUCCAAUCUGUGAGCAGCAAAACAAGAGCAGAGAAACUGGAGCUAUUUUUAUGUAAAUGUUAUCUUUUUUUAGAUAUUUUUUAUUAAAUAUUUUAAAUACAUUCUUGUGCAUUAGAGAGUCUAAUUAAAUCAGGGAUCUGGGAAUAUUGUUUGGUUCUGUAUCACGUUUCUUAUACACGUUUAGAUUUGUAUACACUGCAUAUAUGUAUAUGUUGCUACAUUCCCUAAAACAUCAGUUAAGCACCUUAAGAGUUACGCGUCAGGUAAACAGUGCGUAUCUUUUGUAUAUACAGCCUGUUUCCUCAGUAUAUUUGUUAACUGGAUGCUGCACUCUUCUUGUUUCAUUCCAUCUUGAUGCUGGCACAUGGACUUGGUUGUGAAACCUACUUGUAGCAAUCCAUGAAGCAAGUGUAAUGGUUCUCAUAGAACUCCAUUCCCUCCUUAGAAAUUACUUUCUAUAGGUUAAUUCCGUGAAGUUUAACUCCUCUUGAGGUUACUUUGGUAUGUGAAACAUUUGGUCAUUCUGACCAACAUAUAUGCACAAUUACAAGGAGCAACAUAUCAAGCAAGGUGUACAGCAUUCGGGAGAAAAGCAUUUUUAGGCCACGUAAGAAAGAGAACCUUCUAAGGAGGAAGGCAAAAUUGUUCAUACUUAUGGCAUUCAAAUUUCACUGUUUCUAAAGACUAUGCAACAUUGGAUUUCAAAAUGUGGAUGGAUUCCCAGCAAUGUAAUUUCAUACAUUUUUACCUUGUAUGCGCUUGCAUUGGCAAUUUAAUUUAACAGUCAGGGUUGAAAGCCUUAUUGUUUAUGGACUCAGUGUUAUCCUGAGGGCAUCUCAGGAUCCACUGGGCUCAUCUUUGAAACUGUGGAUGAGCAAUGUUUCAAAAUACCUAUCCCUUUCAGAGGGAUUAACAUACAAAUUGUAAUUUGUAUGGAAAGAAAAAAGGUUAAUUUGAAAUAACAGAUAUUCAAACAUCUCUAUAGCAUACACACAAUUUAAUGAAGAAAUAGCACUUAAUUUUCUAGGACAUACUAUUGCAUCUGUUGCAAUUCAGAAUUGCAUCUGUUGCAAUUCUGACUUCUGUUCAACCACUGGGCUUUUUUUUUCCAAAUUCCGUUGCGUAGGUGCUGAUCCUUUCUGCACUACACUGUUGCCAAAAAAUGACCUCCUGUUUUAAUGGGGCCAUUCCAUCAGUAAGUACACAGCUAGUAAUUUUUAAUGUAGACACUUAUAAAUUGUUAGCAGAGUGGUAGACUCCUUUAGAAAUUUCAUGUAUGCUGGUUGCUCUAAAAGAUGUAUUGGCUUAUUGGUCUUCAUUGCCUUUUGUGAACCCCCUGAAAUAAGUCACAGAACACUGUUUGCCUGUGGUCCCCAGCCUAAAAGCCAUGCUUCAAGGUGAGCAAUACCUCAGGUAAAUUCCAGGUGAUUCCGGCAUUUUUAAAGCAGAAACACUACUCUCCUUGUACAAUUCAAGGUAGUCCCACAUUGGUAUGUUCUGAGCACUUGACAGAUCACUAGUAACUACAUGGUCAUGAGGUCAGUAGCCACCUGGAAAACAGGCACUUCUGCCUAACUCCUUACUUUACCAAUUGUAGCCAAACACGUGCCUUAUUGAAAUGGGAUUUGUCAUCUUAGAUAACAAAACCAUUUCAGCAGUGUGUGAAAUACUGCAGCCUUAAUGUAUUGUCUUAGAGUGAAGAUCACUCUUCACUAUCAUAAUGUCACUUCUAGAGUCUGCAGAACGUUUCUGGAAGGGCAGUGGAAGCCAGCACACCCCCAGCUGGCUCAGAAAGGGCUCCAAGGCUAACAUCCCAAAAAGGGCAGUUACACUAUUGCAACCCAUAGCCAGUUGCCAAAAAGCAAUCCAUGUGAACCUGUUUUGUACUAGUGUUGUUUGGGAUUCUUCUGGAGUUCCUUGUUCAAUUUUUUCACUGUAUAUUCUUAGAAAGUGAAAGUACGAUUUGAAGUCUAGUGUUUAUGUUGAUAGUUUGUGCUUUCCAAAGGAGAACCUGUAUUGCAACCCUGUAUUACAGUUUGUUAUCUUGUAGAGAGUCAUUUUGAAAUGAUUAAAAUUACUAGCUUUUUCAUAUAAAAA